AUGUUAGUGCUCAUAAUUUGCAUUUGUCUUGGUAUAGGAUCAUCGAAUGGUAUAAUGACAAUUGCUUCAGAAAAAGCCGAUGAUAGUGAUAUAAGUGAAUUUCGAUCAAUAAUGCGAAAACAUAAUUUCACUACAAUGGACCAAUUAAAAGACUAUUUCAAUGCUUUAAAGAGUGGAGCUAAAGACAAGGUGGCCGAUGCGGCAGGUGCUGCUAAAGACAAGGUAGCCGAUGCGGCAAGUGGAGUUCAAGACAAGGUAGCCGAUGGGGCAGGUACUGUUAAAGACAAGGUAUCCGAUGGGGUGGGUGCUGUUAAAGACAAGGUAGCGGAUGCGAUAGGUGCUGUUAAAGACAAGGUAGCGGAUGCGGCAGGCGCUGUUAAAGACAAGAUAGCGGAUGCGGCAGGUGCUGUUAAAGACAAGAUAGUCGAUGGGGCAGGUGCUGCUAAAGACAAGGUAGCCGAUGCGGCAAGUGGAGUUCAAGACAAGGUAGCCGAUGCGGCAGGUACUGUUAAAGACAAGGUAUCCGAUGGGGUGGGUGCUGUUAAAGACAAGGUAGCGGAUGCGACAGGUGCUGUUAAAGACAAGGUAGCCGAUGCGGCAAGUGAAGCUCAAGACAAGAUAGUCGAUGGGGCGGGUGCUGUUAAAGGCAAAGUAGCCGAUGCGGCAGGUACUGUUAAAGACAAGGUAGCAGAUGCGGCAGGUGCUGUUAAAGACAAGGUAGCCGAUGCGGCAAGUGGAGCUCAAGACAAGGUAGGGGAUGCGGCAGGUGCUGUUAAAGACAAGGUAGCCGAUGCGGCAAGUGAAACUCAAGACAAGGUAGCCGAUGGGGCAGGUGCUGCUAAAGACAAGGUAGCCGAUGCGGCAAGUGGAGCUCAAGACAAGGUAGCCGAUGGGGCAGGUACUGUUAAAGACAAAGUAGCCGAUGCGGUAGGUGCUGUUAAAGACAAGGUAGCCGAUGCGGCAGGUGCUGUUAAAGACAAGGUAGCGGAUGUGGCAGGUGCUGUUAAAGACAAGGUAGCCGAUGCGGCAGAUGCUGUUAAAAAUAAUCUCGGAUUUAAUACGUCGACAGAAGGAGCAAAAAGUCCAGUUGUUAAUGGUGAUCCGAAGGUUGCUGAAGCACAAGGUGAGCAAACUCCGGUUGAAGCAAAGCCAUCAGAAGCACAAAAGGAAGAAGCAAAACAAGGCACACAAGAUGAGCAAAGUCCAGUUGAAGCAAAGUCAUCAGAACCACAAAAGGAAGAAGCAAAACAAGGUAAUAGUGAUGAGGAACCAACUGAUGGCAACAAAGAUGACGAUGAAAAUUUGAAAGUUGGAAACGGAGAGCAAAAACAACCAGACCCCGAUGAUCAAUUUCGGAGAGUUGAAGCUGAAGAUGAUGAGCCCGAUUCCGAGGCAGAUGAAGAAGGUGUAAAAAAUGAAACUGCUGAUGCUCCUGAAGGAGAGACAGAAGAAGGAGAUGUGAAUGACGGCGAUUCAAACUUAGGCGAAGACGCUGAUAAGCCGUCAGAUGUUCAGACAAAUAAUAAAGAUACGGAGGAUGAAUUUAAUAGGCAAAGCGGCGAAUUAGAAAAUGAGCAGCCUGACCAAGAAGAGGACACUGAAGUUGACGAUAAAUCGCAACCGAAAGACCAAAAAAUGCCAGAAACAAACGAAGAGAAACCUAGCAGUUUAUGUGUAGAAGUUUUUAUGGGAGAAAUUAAUGACAUUAAAUCUAGAAAAUCCGACGAUGAUGAAAGUGCUUGGUCUGGCAGUUUUAUUACGUACUUCUUAAUAUUUACAUUAAUCGUUGUUAUCGGUUAUUUAACGUUACACAAUAAAAAUAAAUUGAUGGGUUAUUUGGUCGAAGGUCGAAGUGGUAGUGGUUCACGUUCACGAGGAAGCUCAUCGUCGAGUCGUCCAUCACAUCGAAAUUAUGAAAAAUUAAAAAAUAUUAAUGAUGCUAUGCCUCUCGAUUUAUCGAAUAAUGAACCAAUUAUUAUUAAAUCAUAG